GCCGCCUCAGCACCGUCUCCUUCGCAUCACUCUUGGGGUUCAAAGUCAACGCUGCUGCACCUGAGUCAGAACAAGAAGUCACCAUGUACCGCUCCGGAUCAACCAUGUCCCUUUCCUCUAUGCCCUUAAUUACAGGCUCCAGGCGGGGCACCAGCAUGCAUGGCGGCGCAGGUGGUUCAAACAUCCGGGUGUCCUACGCCUCCAACGGCCUGGGUUCUGGCUUUGACCUGGCCUCGGCGCUCGAGGGUAACAGCAGCAGUGUGUCUGUCUCCGGCAACGAGAAAGUGACCAUGCAGAACCUCAACGACCGCCUGGCCGCCUACCUGGAAAAGGUGCGCUCUCUGGAGUCCGCCAAUGCGCAGCUGGAGCGUCAAAUCCGCGAGUGGUACGAGAAGCAGACCCCCACCGUCAAGGACUACAGCAAGUAUCAGACCAUCAUCGACGACCUGCGCAAAAAGAUCAGUGCUGCCACACAGGACAAUGCCAGGCUGAUGUUGCAGAUUGACAAUGCCAGACUGGCAGCAGAGGAUUUCAGAAUCAAGUUUGAGAAUGAGAUGGCAGUGCGCAUGUCAGUGGAGUCUGACAUCCAAGGACUGCGUAAGGUCCUGGAUGACCUGACCGUCGCCCGGUCCGACCUGGAGAUGCAGGUGGAGGGCCUGAAGGAGGAGCUGGUCUACCUGAAGAAGAACCAUGUAGAGGAGCUUGCAGCUAUGCGUGGCCAAGUUAAUUCCAGCUCUGUGAAUGUGGAGGUGGACGCCAAGCCUCAGGAGAACAUGUCUGCAACCCUGGAUGAGAUCAGAAGUCAGUAUGAGGGCAUCACUGACAAGAACCGCCGCGAAAUGGAUGCCUGGUACAAGGUCAAGUUCGACGAACUGAACAAGCAGGUGGCAUCCAGCACAGAGACCCUCCAGACCUCCCGAAGUGAGAUCAAUGAGCUCAAGAGGACCAUGCAGAGCCUUCAGAUCGAGCUGCAGUCCCAGCUCAGCCUGAAAGCUGCCUUGGAGGGCCAGCUGGCAGAGACGGAGUCCCGCUACAGCCUGCAGUUGAACCAGCUCCAGGCCAUGGUCAACGCUCUGGAGAACGAGCUCAGCCAGAUGAGGGCGGACACCGAGAGGCAGGCCUCAGAUUACCAGAUGCUGCUCGACAUCAAGACCAGGCUGGAGAUGGAGAUCGCUGAGUACAGAAGACUGCUGGAUGGAGGGGACGUAAAGCAAACCGUUGUCACGACAGAAGUGAAAUCUAAACCAGUCGUAACCCAGAGGACGAGGGUGGUGAUUGAGGAGAUUGUUGAUGGAAAAGUGGUGUCCCGCACAGAAGACGUGGACACAGAGGUCAUCAAGAAGUAGCCAGACUGAAUGGCCCAACUCUAAUAAUAAAAAUAAUUAGAGCCCCCCCUGUAUUUCAUCUUUCUCUGACAUCCGUCUGAUUUCCCACCCAUUUCCCGCCCAAGUUCACAAUAACGAACCUUCUCAUAUUUCUCUCUUGUGGUCAGAAAAUAUUUAUUCUAGUUUAUUGUUAAUAAAAAUAGGCAAAGCAAAAAGAUAAGAUACUGUGCCUGAAUUACAUCCAUUUAUCCAAAACCCACUGAAAACAAUUAUAGACUGUCCUCCUGAAGGGCCACAUUCACACAUUAGGUGACACUGUGAGAUUGAUUGAUGAGAGAGAAAACAUGCAGAACUGAGGCCUUUCACUCUAUAUUGAUUGAAUGGAUACAUGCAGCAAUAAAAGAAACACUGUCCAUUUUCUAAUUUGUGUAUCAAAAUGUUUUCUUUGGCUAUUGUCAAGAGAGUUAGGUGUUAGAUAGAAAGGUCAUAGUAAAUGUUUCAUAUUGCCAAUGUUAUUAAAUGUGUUAAGUGUUGAAAAAAUAAAUGUUACCAUACAUAAA